AUGCUAACUCUCCCCCCUCAAAAUUCAAUUUAUGGCAUGACCCCUUAGAAUAUAUCUGAACAGGAAGCUUUCCAUGAGAAGUGGUUAUUUGGUUUUGAAGAAUAAAACCCCUUUCUUCCCACUUUUGAAUAUCUCAAUACGGUUUUUCCUUAAAAGAAAAUAAAAAAAGAAGAAGAAAUCAUAUGUUAGAACAAGGAGCUAUUCAAUGUCAACUAGUCCAAAAGCAUCUAUCUUAGCAAAAUAACUCAACUAAUUGAUACUGAAAUCACUCCCAAACAUACAAAGAGGAAUGGGGACAAAUGGAAGAGAAAAAUGAAGCAAGCAGGUGAUUCUUCUGAAGAGCCCUUCGGUGCCAAUACACAUCAAUUGAAAUUGGCUCGAAACAGACAAUCCGCAAGAGAUUCACGAAAAAGAAAGAAGAUAUACAUUGAACUCCUUGAAAAUAAGGUUGAGGAAUUGACACAGGAAAUGUUGAGACUGCAAGCAACCAUUGCAAACCAAAACAACUAUAUAAAUUAUUGUGCAAAAAUUCCAUCAAUGAUCAAAGAAUUCCAUAUGAACUACCAGAACCAGCUGCUCAACCUCAAAAACUCCCCUUGUCAAUCCUAGCUAAGAAUUUUAGACCAAGAAUUUGGAGUUCAGUCAAUAAGAAGGAUAGAAUUGUGUAAUUCCUUCUUCAACACUUUGAUGGACCAUGCCAUUCCGAACGAUUUGAAAAAAAUCAUGGAGUCUGCAAUGAAGGGAUAAGACUUUUUUAAUGAGUAAGACCCUAGUUUUAAGGCUAAUCCAAAAAACACACUCAAAGAAACACAAAGAAAAUUUGUUGAAGAAACAAAGCGUUUAGAAUUCUACAUGUUUGAUAUGGCUAAAAACUUCGAAAAGGUUCGUCAGUAAAGCUUUACUUUGGAACAACUGAAAUAGGAAGCUUUAAAGGACAUCUCUCCAAAGGCCUUUGCUUAAUACCUAGUCAAUAUCAAUCCAGAACAAUAAGGCAAUGUAAUUAAAGAAGAGGACGCAGAGUUAUCCUCACUACAAUCCCCUUGAUUUUAUUGUAUUA